AUGGCCAACAUGACACUUUUGUGUCCCCCGGGUAACCUGAAGGAGUGUAUUGAUUGGAUUCUGAGGUUAACGGGGAAGGAUGGGCAGAAUGGUGAUCAGAAUGGUGAGAAACUUGGACAGGCUGUGAAGAGUCUACUUGAGAAAGGUGUCACCGAUCACAUCGAACAACUGGGGAAGAAAGUUGAUGAAUACUACGAAGGUGUGAUUGCCAGUGCCGCUGAUGGGAAGGUUGCGAAGUUACUUCAAGAAGCUCAGAAGGAUGCCACUGACAAACUCGAAAAGGAUAAAACUGUGCUUGACGCAGUAACAGCAUCGUUGCAGAAUGGUAGUAAUGGUUCUAAUUUGAUCAACAAUUUGGCCGAUAACUUGCAAAAGUUCAUUGAUAAAAGUGGUGGUGCUGGUGCUAGUGGUACUAGUUACACCUCAUCUUAUCAAGAUGCCACCUGUAAUAAUAACGACCACAAACAACUUUGCGCUGCAAUCUUCCUCGGCACUAUCCCCGUAAUUUUUUCCGGUCUAAGUUAUUUGUAUUGGCAAUGUAAUGAAGGUAAUGGUAGUGGUGAUCGUUGGUCCACUCAAUAUAUCCACGACACUUCCAACGCCCUUGGCAUCUAUUUCAUCUGUUGUGGUUAUAAAAAUGAUGACCUACAAGAUGAUAAGCAAGGUUCGAAUAUCAAAGAUUUACUCAACGAUUUGUUCAACAAGGGCGCCACCAUCACCGCUGACUACUCGAAAUACAUCAAACAAGUACUAACCAAAACAUCACCAACCUCCCACCCCCUCUCCAGUCUCUACCUCGCAUCACAAUAUUAUUUUCAAUCGCAAUUCAACGAUGGCACCCGUGUUCCAACCACCAUAAGGGAAAUGCUCUAUUGGUUAAUGGCCCUGCCAUAUAGUAGUUGUUUCCAGCUAGCACCUGCAACUAUUCAACAGGGUAUUACGAAACAUGGUAGUGAUAGUAUACCAUUCGAUGAUGAUGAGAAUAUCACUUUAGACAGUGACACUGACCCUUUCGAUUGUUAUAUGUCAACCACUUGCCAUUACGCCGCUGUGGUCCUAUCCACUAUACAAGGGAAAUUGUGUACACCAAAGACAACAUCCACGACGACAACUGACACCUCUCUUGCCAAACCACAAUUGAACCUCCACAACAUCUAUUCCAAUUCCCACUUCAAAUUCAAUUACCCAGACAACCCAUCCGAUUGGUUCAAUAAGCUUUGGGAUGUGGUCCUACGUACCCCCCGUACAGUCGGCGAUCUCUUCGCGUUUUUCUUGUAUCUUGGUGAGAAAAUGAAUAAUGGUGGUGGUACUUCCCCUAGUGUCGCUACUGCCAUUCAAGAAAAAAUGAAUGAUUUCCCCGGAGUGUGCAAUACUGAAUCUACAAAUCUUACUACCGCUGUUCAAACCCUAGCUGGUAAAAAACAUAACGGUAACCACACCUCCGAUGCCGACCUCUACACCCUCCACAGCCUCUACAACAGUGAAUGUACCAUGAGCGUAACCUGUGGCAAGUACCUCCAAUCGCUCUCCUAUAGUAUCUAUCGCAAUAUUUCUAAAACUUUCGCUAUGUCCUAUCUAUCACGUAUUGUGUACCUCACGGAUGUCCUCAAAGAUGGUCUUGAAGAGUUACUAGAAGACUUCAACAAUCUCAGUUGCGAAAAUUGUGUCUGCAAAGAAUGCAAAAAAGGUGAACAUGUCAACUGCCAAUGUCCCACCAUCGUCCAAUGCGCUGACGUCCUCCCACUGUUUUACCAAUACGGUUUCGUAUAUUUCGACGCCAAAUCAUUGCACACUGGCAAAAAACGCCAAUGCAAAGACUUCUCCACUCAACUACAAAAUGUCAUCACCGGCAACCUCUUCGAAAACCUCCUCUCAGCCAUCAACGCAUUCCUCUUUUGCAUCCGCAAACCGUUCCUGUACUACCUCCUAACGUUCUGGCUUGUAGCCAUUCUGUACUUCACCUACGGUCUAACAAUACCUCUGGACCUCCUCCACAUCCGCUCACAUUGGAGACGUGCUUUGUCCCAUCAAAUAUCGGUGUUGGCCUUAUUAUCACACAAGGCAAUGUCACCAACAAAGGUUGGGUAUUUUACACCGUAA